ACUAGCGCAGAGUGCGCGGUCCUCCGGUUAUCGAACGGUGGUCCAGUCCGCGCCCGGCCUCGCUGUGGCAAUGACCUCGUCGAAGACGCUCUCUUUGCCGCCACAAUGACCAGCUGCCGCGUCGCGCUCCUCUGCGUGCUGCUCGCGCUGGACGCCGCGGCGCUCGCCGAUGACGACCUACAGGAGGACAACGUGACGACGACCCUCGCCGCCCCCACCCUCGAGCCGAAGCACCACGACCCGCUCUUCCCGCGGGACCUCUUCACCGAAGAGCAGCGGCGCAACGGCGCCGUCAUCCUUCACAUCCUCGGUGUCGUCUACAUGUUCGUGGCGCUGGCCAUCGUCUGCGAUGAGUUCUUCGUGCCGGCGCUCGACGUCAUCAUCGAGAAGCUAGCCAUCCAGGACGACGUCGCCGGCGCCACCUUCAUGGCGGCGGGCGGCUCCGCGCCCGAGCUCUUCACCAGCGUCAUCGGCGUCUUCGUCUCCUUCGACGACGUCGGCAUCGGCACCAUCGUCGGCUCCGCCGUUUUUAACAUCCUCUUCGUGAUCGGGAUGUGCGCGAUCUUUUCCAAGACCGUGUUGUCUCUCACUUGGUGGCCCCUCUUCAGAGACUGCUUCUUUUACUCGCUUAGUCUCAUUACGCUCAUCAUUUUCUUUAGAGAUAACCACAUUCACUGGUACGAGGCGCUUGUGCUUUUCUCCUUCUACAUUCUUUAUGUCAGCUUUAUGAAGUGGAAUCAGCCUAUGGAGAGGCUAGUCAAGAAACUCAUCUACAAGAACAAGGUGACGAGGGUCAGGAGCACCGACCAGCUCAUGCCUACGCACCAAACGGCCGCUCAAGCUCUGUCGACUUCAGUCAGUGUCAUUUUAGACUCUAGCAAGCAUGGCACGGUGGCGACGUCAAGCGAGACGAGCGUCGGGACGCAGCCCGGCGGCAGCGUCACAUCGCGCACGGCGUCGGAGACCCCCCAGGUGCCGUCCUCGACAAGUCACCAUCACACAGGGGCUAAAUUUCGCCACGGCCUCCUCCAACUCAUGAUCCACACCAUUGAUCCCCUACACGAUGGCAAAGUGGACGAGAAAGCGACCCAACUGCACGCCAUCGCCUCUCUGAAAGUCCUUUUGGACGCGACGAAGCCUCAAAACGGCGCCGCAACCAGUUCGGCCGCCAACCACGUAACCGCCGCCGCCGCCAAACAAGAAACCAUGCUGGCACCCUCCAGCAUCGCAGACAUGCCCAACGGCGUCGCCAACGCACUCACUGACGUCAAUUUGGAAGCGCAAUUUCCAUGGAAAUCCGAUCCAAUUCGACGCAUGUCGUCUGUACGUGCGCGUAAGUCACUGACCUCACAAGCAGUGGUGUGUCUGCAGGUUGGAGAGACUGAGGAGGAGCCCCCUGAAGCCAUGGACAUGGGCUGGCCUUCGGGUGCCCGCAAGAGGAUCACGUACAUUCUCUUAGCGCCCAUUGUCUUCCCUCUGUGGCUCACUUUGCCCGACACGCGCUCACCUAGAGGUAAAAAGUUCUUCCCUAUAACGUUCCUCGGGAGUAUACUCUGGAUCGCUGCAUACUCGUACCUGAUGGUCUGGUGGGCAAAUGUAGUGGGCGACGCGGUAAAAAUUCCUCCCGAGGUUAUGGGCUUGACCUUUUUGGCUGCGGGGACCUCGAUACCGGACCUCAUCACCUCCGUCAUCGUAGCGCGGAAGGGCUUCGGCGACAUGGCCGUUUCCUCCUCCGUCGGCAGCAACAUAUUUGAUGUUACCGUCGGGUUACCAGUGCCUUGGUUGCUUUUCGGCAUCAUCUACGGCGAGCCUGUAGAGGUGACUUCGACGGGAAUGGUGUGCUCUAUCACGAUCCUGUUCAUGAUGCUCCUCUUCGUCAUCAUGUCAAUAGCCUGCUUCCGAUGGAAGAUGAACAAAGGACUAGGUUUCACCAUGUUCUUGUUGUAUUUCGUCUUUGUGGCAGUGUCGCUCAUGUUCGAAUACAAAUAUAUAGUGUGUCCAGUUUAGAAACCCUAAUGCACGAUCUUAGAGACUCGUUUUAGCGAUACUAGCAGUUGUGUACUGAUCAUCUCACUUAUAAUAUAGCUGAUUGAAUAAUGAAUAGCAGUUUAGCCAGAGUCAAGCAACGGGUCCUUCCCGUGACAUAUCAAAAUUUCUCAUUCUCAAUUUAAUCAACAGGAUUUGAAAAUUAACCAUAUAUUAAACCGCACAAUCAAACGUUUGCUCGUUCUGUCAAUGCACUUGUUAUUUGACACCGGUUGGAAAAACGGGGGACCCGCCGUUAGUUGUUAAACGCUAUUGGUGUUCAACGGAUAUAUGCACAAAAAAAAAACAAAAUCGACUUCCAUGAUAGUGUGUGGACUUAGAUAGUAGAAAUAUCCCCGACCAUGAUAGCAAUAAUAUCUAUUAACUACAAUAGAUUUUGAACUACUGUUUUUAUAAGGGGGACGUUUCGUAUUUAUCAAAAAAAAACGAAAAAUAGUCAUUGGAAGUAGCCGUUUCAGUUCGACUAGCGCAGUUUUGGUAGGAAAUUUUUUAAUGAAUCUAACUUAAGAAAAAAUUGAGGAAGACUAAAAUGAAUACUGGGCUGGGACUCAUCCACUUUGAACCAAAGCCACAACGAACACCCUCAAUCGUGCGAUUGCUGAAAUUUCGUUCAGAGUUAUUUGAGCCCGGCUGUACAGGAUGUUCCAAGUUUUACCGCCCACAAAAAAAUAAUAAAUAUUCCUUGUUAACUGUGCUUUAACUUAAUUGGUCUUAAUUUUAAAGUGAAAAUUCUGAUACGAAAAUAAUAACACACUUGAGUAAUUGAAGCGGUAAAACUUGGGACACACUGUACGUUAAAAACUUCCCGAAAUAUGUUGCACUGUAGAGUAAAUUAUAGCGAAAAUAUACAUAUCUAGUGUAGAUAUAUCCUAGCAUAUAGUUACUGUGUAGAAAGCAUGUACAUAAGGAAAUUGUUUGGGCACUUGAGAUCUUCACAGGUCAUUGCUAAAAGUGCCUACUGUUAAUUUGUUUUACCCGAUGUGAUACAUAACCAAAAUGGGAUGUAAGUAUAAAUGGAGAUUUUAAAAUUACACUCCUUUAUUUUUCGUUUGUCAUUUCUUCAUCUGACGGACGGAGAGCCCAAGCCAACAGGUCACAAAAUUUCGAGCCGUUGCUUUGGAGCUCUUGGUCCGAGAUCCAUUUGUAAGUGAACAAGUGCAAUAUAUUUAGACAAACUAUAGUUGAAGUUGAAGAAACUUCCUAAAGCUGUGGGUGUUUCAAAUUUAAACCUAGCUAAGCUUUUACGUGUGUAAAAUCGCGACACUUAAUAUACAUAAUUGUAAUAAUAAAUUUUGGGCGAAAUUACGGUUGGCUUUUUCAAUUUUAACUCUAUCUAUACAUAUCUACCUUUGAAAUUGUUUUGUGAUUUGAAAAUUUGUGAUGCACACAAAAUGUCAUUGGUUUACUGUACAUCGAUUUGGUUGGUGGGUAAUGAUGAUGACGAUAAAAAAUGUACCUAAAGCUUGAGACUAUCAAAGCGCACAUUUGUUCGACUUUUGGUUUAUUCAUACCCAUUUAGUUUGUUAAGUAGUGAUAAUGAGGAAUAACUGUGAGUGAUUAGGAUCGAAAGUUCUAGAUUGGAGCUGUAAAAAUUAAUAUUAAUAAUCGUGACGAUGGAACAAGCUGUAACACGCAAAAUAGUCCAGUAGAAUAGGCAUAUCAUACUUCAAAUUUCUGCUUGAUAUUGUUAACCUUCUAAAUACUAUUAUAUAUUAAACACAUCUUUAGAGUUUAGAGUUAUUUAGAAACUAUACUCAAGAUAUUGUUAUAAUAUUAUGGAUAUAUACUUAUAUCUUGUUGAAACUUGACAUAUUUAUCGUUAGGGUUUUGUUAUCGAUUUUUCCAUUUCAUCAACCUCGUUCGUAUUUUCGUCGCCAUUUUCUUGAGUUGUCGUUGUUGAAUAAAUAUAACAUAUUCCUGUUGAUUCAGAAGUUUGCACUUAUGAGUUCGAGAGCAAUGAAGUAUUUUGUAAUAUUCAUCAUAAAUAAAGGAGUGAUUAAUUUGUAACUAGUCUGUAAACAUUAUACAAUCUCUUCAAACCGAUGCCACCAAUAUACUUAUUCACUGUAAAAUAAAUAGGAAGAAUGUACUUUUUGUAGAUCUUUAAUUGUAAGACAGAUGGCAAAAAGAAAUAUUUUUGGGUCUUUAAUGUCGCUACUUUAAUUUCAAGCCACACAAACCACAUUAAAGACGCCAAGUGUAUUUUGCAUUUGUUGAACUUUUCUUUUUGUAAAGUCAUUUUUAAGACAUAAAUACCAGAGAUUAAGAUUGUUAAUGGUGUAUCUAGUAGAUUGUUAUUGCUAGAGAAUUUUUAUUAUUAUAGUAAUGUAAUAUUGACGAAACCAUUUCAUGGUAUGUUACUUUUUGCCGACAAUAUAAUAUGUAUAUUAAAGAGACUCUCAUUAAAAUCACUUCGAAUUCAAA